AUGUUUGUCAAACAUUUAAUGCAAUUAUCAUUAGUGAUUCAUGAAUAUAUUAAAGGAACAAAAUGGAAAGAUGAUAAACUUUUAUUUCAACAAUUAGAUUCAAUUGAUGCUCAUCCAAGUAAUUCUAAUGUUUCGACUUUUCACAUUCCAAAGUAUUCAUUUCUAUAUUCAAACAUCGGAUCAAAUGAUUCUGAUAUAGUUACAUUGCCACUAUUUAUUGUAGUCAUUGCCCUUGGUUUAGGAAUUUGGUUUUUUUAUGGUGAUAUAUUAUACGUUAUAUACAGAAUUUAUGUACUAAACGAUCUUAGUCCUACUGCCGUCAAAGCGACAGAACAAGUUGUGGAUUAA